AUAAUGAAUUGUUUAGCGAUGAAGCUUCUGAAUGUGAAUCUUUAGGCAGUAAACUUUCAGGUGCUGAUUCUUCAGAUAAUGAAUCUCCAAGUAGUCAAUCUUCGAGCGAUGAAAAUGAUUGGGUGGAUGAACUCUUUGAACCCAAGUCAAACGCAUAUACUUUAAUGCGAAGUUGGAAAUUAGCUGCACAAGGUUCUCAAAAAAUCACUAAUUAUUUUAGUGUUAAUAAUAGCAAAAGUAAUGAA